CUAGUCCGGCCACGUCAGUAUAUUAAAAGUUUUUUUUUUUUUGGUAGUAUUAGCAGUACUCGGUCAACUUGAGGGACCGUCGCGGACAUAAUUAAGCCCAUUCUUGCAUAUGCCAGUUACAUAAUGGAUUUUUUUUUUUUUAAUUUACUCAUCCAUUCAAACAAUAUUAGGCAAAUUGUUUACCCCACUGCAGCAAUGAUUCUGGCGUCUAAAUCUGUUUACGGCAUUGACAUUUAGCCAGGGUUUUAAUGAUUAUAAGACUAAUUCGCAGAAAACGAAUAGAACCACCACCCUAGCCACCAACGGAAGAGAAGGUUCCGUGCGCUGGAAACCAUACAGGCCAACACCAUGCAUUCCCAUUCCUCUUCAAAACCUGGAACCACAGUGCAAACACCUUCCAAUCGAUUCUCUCGGAGAAUCAAGCCACACUUCUAUGCACCACAGCAAGGCCACCGUACAUGUCGGAACUGGGAAGAGAACACAGAAAAACAGGAAGCAGAACCAAAUGGGCACAAGAGAGACAUCCUACUGUAUAAAGAGAAGCAUGGAUGACACUAAGACGAAGGCCAUAGGGAAAAAUCGCAACCGACCGCUCAAAGACAUCACAGAUCCAAUCUCAAGGGCAUCAGUGGGAAUAAUUGAAACCUGUACACAGGGUAGAAGAAGCUGUUGCAGACUUGGCGAAUUAAGUAUCCAUCAGUAACCCAAUGGUUCUUCCAGCCUCUUCUCAGUAUGCAAGUAUCUUAAUGACCCACGGAAGACCCCCGACACAAAGCCAUGUUGUUCCAUGUAUAUAGGACACAACAAACACUCCUCCUGUUCAAGACCACACUAACAGGUCCCAACACAGAGAACUCAUCUUCCAGAAAAUAAAACCCAACUAAAAAAGACAAGUCACUGCUGCACAAAUCAUUCUACAUCUCAUGCCAAAGAGCUGAAAAAACUGAGGCAAUCACUUUUAGUCACUGAAUGGCUACCUAAUGAACCUCGCAGCCCAAACACGGGCAAGGAAGUGAGGUGACACUAAGCAGAAUUCUUUUGAGUAGGGUAAAAGGGGCUAAAAAUGAUGAACUACAGAAGUAUAUGCAUGCAAGACCUCAACUGAACCAAGGAUAAAACACCACCGAGGCCCAACAUAAUCGGGCAACUCAGUGGAUUCACCCACCUCUUCUAUGUUGCUGCUAGUUCUAUGACCUACAAAAAAGACCCUCACGUAACCUGAUGCAUCUGGCAAUUACAUAUAAUUGGCCUACACAGGCAGUAGGUUUUAAUCAAAUAGAGGGAGAACAAAUGGCAAAAAAAAAAAAAAAAACCAUUAAUCAACAGCUAUCAGCAGAGUCUGAACUCCAUAAAACUUGUCAUCCAGAAACGUCUGCGUCGGCCUUCCAAACAUUUCACCAAAACAAGAAAGACAGUGCAUGACUUACUCUACGUCUACGACAUACCAUGUCAUUAGCGUAAACUGACAGGAAUAUAAAAGCAAAAUCAUUCUUUGGCUGUUAAAAGGGAACUCUAGGUCUAAUAGGAACGACAUAAACCAGAGUUCUAGUGGGGUAGGGUAACAGAUAAAAGGACACUGAAAUCGACAAAGCUUGUAAGGAGCCAAACCAGAUGCAGCUUCAGCUUCUAACUACCAUCAAUUGCAUGAAAGACGGCGUCCAAUAGAACCACAAGAUUUUGACAAGGCAGGCAGAAUUGAAAGUACGAACUGACGGAGGAUCAAACCAAGGGCUGUUCUGUACCUUUGGUGAGCAUUGGUGACAAUUAAUUGAAAGUUCUAGAAAAUCCGCAGUAUGCAGGUAACUUCCAGGACCUGUUGUCUUUGGUACUGCAGUUAGAUCAGCAGAGUGAGUCAUUGAACAGCUCUCAAUGCUUGUACUGUGAUUUUUUAAACGCACGUACAAAGAAAAUAAAAAACAAUCUUAUUACAAUCAGUCAGCACCACCCAGGAUGUAGUAUUCAAAUGAAACGGGACACAGUUAAAUAAAGACAGUACCCUUGC